GGUAUUGUGUUUCCAUCAAUCUUCCUUUAUCUAUGUCACUUCUCCAUGUAAUCCUUGUAACUCAUGGCCACUCAUGCCACUGGUCUUUCACCUUUUUAUCUAUUUGAUUUCUCUAUCUUACUUCAUGAUUAGUUGCUCAUUUGAUCUGGAUUUAUUAGAGCAGUAGCCAUUUGUAGUUGUUGUCACAGUGGAAGAACAAGUUGCAAUGUUUAUGCCUACAGUGGGACAAAAGUGGGCAAACAGGUCUAUAGGUUUCGGGGUUUUCUGAUCUAAUGAGACGGUUAGUAGGUAUUUCCAUGCUGUUUUAGAUGCACUUGUCAAGCUUUCCAAAGAAUCGAUAUACAUGAGAAGCACUGAAAUGCAUGAAAAGAUCACAAGUAACCCAGGCAGGUUUCAUCCUUGCUUCAAGGUAAAAAUAAAAUAUAUCACUGCACUAAUUUUUUAAAGCACACGUGAGCUACAUACUCAACUAGUUGAACAUCAUGCCUUUUCCUAGGGAUGCGUAGGGGCCUUGGAUGGUACACAUAUGCCGGCAUUUGUGCCUUUACAUGUGCAAGACAGAUUUAGGGGCUUUAAGUCCAUCCCACCUCAAAAUGUCUUAGCAGCUGUUGAUUUUGACUUGCGAUUCAUCUAUGUGCUUGCUGGGUGGGAGGGGUCUGCCCAUGACUCUCUAGUGCUUCAAGAUGCUUUAAGUCGUCCCACUAGAUUAAAAAUACCAGAAGGUAGUAUUUCACCUAGCAGCUAUUGUGAAGUUAUCAAACAUCAAAUUAGUUCAUAUCUAACUUUAGGAGGCAUUUUCUAUUGUAGGAAAAUUCUUCUUAGCUGGUGCUGGAUGUGCAAGUAGACCUGGAAUACUACCGCUGUACCGUGGCGUUCGUUAUCACCUAAAAGAAUACAGAGGGGAUACAAAUCCAUCAGAUUAUAAGGAAUUAUUUAAUCACCGCCAAUCCUCAUGUGGUACAACAGUUGAACGAGCAUUUGGGGCCUUGAAGAAUCGUUUCAAUAUCCUUUCAAGUCAGCCAUAUUUCCCUUUGAAAACGCAAGUGAAGAUUGUGGUUGCAUGUUGUGCACUUCACAAUUGGAUCCUAGAGAACGGUAUUGACGAGUAUGUCCUAGAGAAUGGUGAUAUCCACUCCAAAUGUUUUUCGCAGGACCACCACGGUGUUGAUGGCUCUCGCUCUCGCUCUCGCUCUCCCACCUCCUCCUCCACCUCCACCUCCGGCCUCCGGCCACGCUCCGGCCACCACAAACCCCCCGGAUGGCCCUCAACCUGACCUCACCCUCGCCACCAAUUCUCUGGACACGCUCCUCUCCUCUGUUGCGCCUCCUCCAUCGCCUUUCUUUGACCUGCCCUAUGUCAAAGCCGACCAGGUAGCUCUCCGCUGCUUCCUGGGGUGCGGCAACGCCAUGGGCCUGGAGUUUGAGGACGACUGCAGUUACUACCACCGCCUUGACAUCACCACCCCAGAACUCCACCUCGCAUCACCCCUCUACAUCGUCUUCGACUUCUCCAACCGCCACCUCGACGCCAUUGUCGUCGCUGCUCUGCUUCAACCUGUUCUUGGCGGCAGUGCUGCUGACUUCUUCGUGGCCAUGUGCUCUCCUCUUGUUUUCUGCCUCCAUGUUGCCUCAUCGCGUGUCGCAGAGAUCAUCCUCGCCCAAACCAGGGUCCGCCACCACAACUUCGCCUUCUUCUUCACUAGAACCCUGCCCCCGCUUCCACCACCACCCCAGGCCGCUGCGUCUUGCAUGUCGCUUGCACACCUGCUUCAAAUUCCAGAUGAUCUGGGUCUUCACUUUGAAGGCGUCGCAUGGUCACAACUCCGAUCUCCAGUCUCAAUUGAUCCAUGCAACCAGCCACACGGAUGCCGCAUGUAUGCACGUGUCAUCCAGUUCCCGUUCGCCCUUAAUGCCACCUCAAUGGCCCUCAUCCUUGCUCAUCUAUUCGGCGGCUUCCACCACAGCUUCAACAUCACGGACGACGGUGACUCAUGUUUCUCGUUCACCGUCGCCUCGCAAGAAGUCGCCAAGCUCAUCGCCUCCAUGGGUGACUUCCACAAGAAGGGCAUGCUGAUCCGUUUCCCCUAGCGACCACCCUUGGGUGGUGCCCGAGGCUCGAUUCCUGGAGAUGCCAUGCCUCCGUCGUAUGUCACCACGUCAUCCUCACCGUCAGCGGUCGUCUUUGCAUCCUUGCCACCAGCCUCAACAACUCUCGAUCUGCCUAAGGUGCGACGACAACGGCCUGGUAUUAGCUUCUUUUACCGCAUGCUUAAUGUUAAUCAUUUUAGCCAGCUCCCCCCUCACGUGCAUUACACUUACCACUCUCAUUUAUUCUGGAUCACUUUCAUGCCAAUUAGUGUUAGGCCUAAUGAAAUGCUAGUCGAGUCAGCCCUAAAUCACUGUUUUUUGGUCAAACAAGAUUUUCUUGCAGUCAAGGUUCAUGAGCUUAUUUUUAAGUCUGGCAUCUCCCGCUCAAUCAAAUUUCAAAUUCUCAAGCAUGGGUCCCUUACUUUGAAGGGUUUCGUCUUUUCCUCUUUGACCAGUUAGAACCGACCAUUGCUCACUGCAGUCGUUUCCUCCAUCUAUAUAACAAUUUUUCUUACUGUCCCCUGCCCCCUCGAUCUGCAUCCAUCCUUGGCCCUUUUGAUCAGCAGCACCUGCCUGUCCAUGCACCUCACCAGCCAUCCCCCACGGUCACGUGCUCGCUGCAUGACCGGUUAGCCCUGCAUGA